UCGCUUGUGUAAAUAAAUUAAAAAAAUAAUAGUUCUUACAAAUUUUGUUGUGGAUAGAGUAAAAAUUCAGAAAAUAUAAAAAUUCAAAAUUCCUAGUAUAAUGGUUGAAAACUAUUUCAGCAAUGGAAGUACACGUCGCAGCUUUCAAGGUGCACGUCGUGGCUUUGAUUGCAGGCCUCAGAGAAAACCAUCGCCGAUGCGAAAUAAUUGCAAUGGACCUUCCACAUCCGCAGCCGCAGCAGCAGCCCUAAAUUACGAAAGCUGUUGUUGCCCGCAAAAGAUAAGGCCACCUACAUCAUUAUCACGCGCACGUUUUAGCUCGAGUACAAUGCCAAAAAUGCACACAAAUAAUUUGCACACGGGUGCUGGCAUGAUAUCAUCAGCGCGUCAGUCAACCUACACAAUGGCCCGAAGUAGAUGUGAGCCGUCGGCAGCGUCCUUAGUACAGGAUUCUUGUAGCAAUCUAAACACGGUUUCAAAUAUAUCUUGUUGCUGUUGCCCACAUUGCGGCAAACCACAAGACCCAGCCCAGGCGCCAAUGACGUCACCGUGCCGGUCGUCGCCGCCAAAGCAAUCACUCCCAUGUAGAGCGAAGCCACAGCCACGAAAGGAGGAGAAACCUUCUCCUGAGACGGAGAUUAAGUGUCGCAUGCGAAAAUUGCAACUGGAAAAUUUGGUAAAGGAUCAAUAUUGUCCAGGUGCCAUACAAAGUACAAUCGAUUGUGAGGAGGACUUUAAUGAAAUGUCAUUUAGACUGGUAUUCGGCUGUGCUCCAGUACCGUGCACACGACCAACAGUCGAACCGAUUUCCCUUAUGGAAGCGCUUUGUAUGCGCGUCGAGUUGGAGCGUUGUUUAGUAAACAAUAAGGCGGCCUAUGUGGCGGAGUCAAGGAGGGGGUCAAGACAAAGCUCAUCGGAGACGGAUGAAGUGAACGAGUUUUUCAGCAAAAAAUAUAAGACGGCACUAAAUGAAGCGCUGGCUAGUUUUCUGAAGGCAGAGCGAUGCUAUAGUGCAGAAAAUCCAGAUGAGAACUCACUCACAAUGGAUGCUCAUAUCAAUAAAACCAGCACUUGCCUACCAAGCAGCUCUUUCAAAAUUACUGCCUACACAGGCAAUACGAGACCGACUAUGUAGAAUUUUAUAAUUGUAUUUUCUAUUUUUAUACUCAUUUGCAUAAGUGUGCUGUAGUUGAUUACAAAAAUUGUUAGUAUUGUUGCAAAAUCAAGUAAUUAAAUACUAUGUUUACAUUACAAAGUGGAGAAGAGUGAUAAGUAUAGGCGGCUACUACAUAUCAACUAAUUUAUACAGCAUUAACACUUUGCCAAAACACGACCACACAAACAUAGGCGCAAAUUUAAAUGUACUAGUAUGUACUAGGUUGUUCCAUAAGUUUUGCGGUUCGAUAAGAAAAACACAAUUUUAUGGUUGAAAUACUCUUUUUUAUCAGGUAGAGUCUCCAUGAAUAUAAAUAAAUACAUACACUUGUUCCAAACUCCAUUUCUGAAGUGAGAAUCUGGAAUGGCUGCAAAGCAAACUGCCGCAGCUGUUAUGAUUUCAUCAUUUCACGAAAAAU